GUGGUUUCUAUUACCAACCUCACUUGCAUGAAUUCUCUGUCUUAGUUCCCUCUCUCACGCUUUCCCUUUCUUCUUUUUCAUUUCCUCUACCACUUAGAUACAUACACAAAAACACACCCUUUUCAGAUUCUACCUUAUAACCCAACUCUCCUUAGUCCGAUUCUGAUUGUGUCAAUGGAUCCUUCUAGUGCACUACCCGAGCAAAUGUCUAGCGAGUCAUCAAUGGAGAACAUGUUAGGCUGUUCAAAAGCUCAGCAAGAGAAGAAGCCAAGGCCUAAUCCAGAAGAAGCUUUGAAAUGUCCAAGAUGCGACUCCACCAGCACCAAAUUUUGCUACUAUAACAACUACAGUCUUUCUCAGCCAAGAUAUUUCUGCAAAUCUUGCAGAAGAUAUUGGACCAAAGGAGGAACACUGAGGAAUGUUCCAGUGGGAGGAGGAUGCAGGAAGAACAGAAGGUCAUCAUCAUCAUCAAAGAGGGCUCAGGAUCAGAACUUCACACCCAAUCCUAACCCACUCCCUCAUUUGUCUUAUGAUUCCAAUGACUUCACUCUAGCAUUAGCCAAGUUUCAAAAACAAUCAAGUGGCCAAUUAGGUUACAAUAGUGACCAUGAUCUUUCAAUUUUGGGGAACCCCACAGGGUCCUUUUGUGAUAUUCUAGGCAAUUCAAACAUGAAUCAUCAACCCUCCUCAGCAAAUCCGUCAUUUUUUGAUGCAAUUAGAACUGGGUUCCUUGAAACACAAAAUCAUCUUCAGAAUCUGUAUUGUGUGUAUGGAAGUGGGGACAUGGGGGAGGUGGAUAAUGGAAAUUCUGGUGGAGACAUAAUGAUGCCUUAUGAUCAUGUAAUGAGCAAUGCAGCAUCUCAGUCAGUGAGUGUAACUAGCAUGAAGCAAGAACUGUGUACUGGUAGAGAUCAAAGUGAAAGGAGGGUGUUUGGGAGUUUCAAUGGAGACACAAAUUACAUGGGUGAACUUGAUUCAGGAAGAGCAAUGAGUUGGAACAAUUUCACUUCAUCUUGGCAUGGGAUUCUCCGAAGUCCCCUAAUGUAGACCCCUUUAUGUCCUCUAAUGUUUGACUAAAAUUUCAGUCUUGAUUAAACUGUCAAUCCCAUUGAGUAGUUUUGGGUUAAUUGGGAUUUGAUGAUCACUUGCAUCCACUUUCUUUUCUUGUAUUUUUUUUCCUCCUUUUUUAGUUCUCCAAAAGUGUCAAAUUUUUUGUACUAUUAUCUUCUUAUUGACGAAUAGACGAAUGAAAUUCGAGUGAAAUAUGUAGAGCAUCAUUUUACUUAUUUGACAGACUGAAAAAAAAAAAAAAAAA